GGAAGAGAAAAGCGAGAGAGAGAAAGGGAGUGGGAAGAAGGAAGUGAAGAAAGGAGAACAAGGAGAAGACACGAUAAAGAAGGGAGGAAAGAAGGCACAAAAACAGCAACCGAUAAUGGCGGCAAAAUCAGCGCGUCAGGUACCAUGCGGCGGGAAUUUCGACCUUAGUGACGGCGACGAAAUGAUCUUGUAUUCGGAUAACGACGGCACCAAGAUCCGCUGCAUCUCUCGAUUCACGAGUCCUGCCGGCACGACUAUGUCCCUUGAAUGCCCCCAGUUCAACCUCAAUGCCAAAGGGUGUCGGAAGGAGCAGCUGAAAGUGAAGGCGAAAGGAAGUAAAGCCACGAAACAUUGCGGAAAGUCGGGUCCUUCUCUCACCACGCCGAAGAACAAACUCCGUCUGACCUACAAGCGAAAGGAUCUCAAGAAGGGCGAGUGUUCUGGAGGCUACCUUUGCUUCCUACGCGUCCUGGGAGACAAACCCACGACCACAUCAACGACCACGACAGCAACUACGACAGGGACAUUAGCAGGAGACAGACUCUUCUGCCCCGAGGAAUGCGGGCGUGCGAACCUCACCGUGCCCCGUAUCGUGGGCGGGCAGGUGGCGUCGCGGCUGGAGUACCCGUGGGUGGCUUACAUCACCAUCACGGGCGGGGGAGGGCAGGACGUGUCGUGCGGGGGCGCCAUCAUCAACAGAGAUCACGUGGUCACUGCCGCCCAUUGCUUCAAUGACAGGGACCUGGCGAGCUCCACCGUCACUGUCUUCCUGGCUGAGCAUGACAUCGACGACCUCACGGAGACCGAUGUGCUGUCCAUCUUCGGCCAAGAGGUGUUCAUCCACCCCGAAUACAAGGCGGACGGGCGCGACACUGAAGAACACGACAUCGCUCUCAUCUACCUGGGCGGACUCCUGAACUUCGGCGUCGGAGUGCAGCCGAUCUGCCUCGGCACCAGCGCCGACUUCGCGGUGGGCCAGGAGGUGGUCAUCGUCGGCUGGGGCCUCACGGACUUCGCCAACACAUCGUCCGCAAGCAACCUCCUGCGGGAGGUGGCAGUCACCACCAUCGACAUCGAAGAGUGCAUCACGCUGUACCAGAACGCAGCACAGAGGCAGUUCGUUAACGAGAACAUGAUCUGUACACUGACCCCGGGCAAGGACGCGUGCAGUGGCGACAGCGGGGGUCCUGUCAUAACUCGGGCCGGCGACGUGUGGGUCCUGAUCGGCGUCGUCAGCUUCGGCAACGGCUGCGCCGACCCCACCGCCCCCGGGGUGCACACCAACGUCGCCAACUAUUUAGACUGGAUGCUUGAAUCCGUCGGCGGUGCCUUCUGUUAGGCAUUCGGGACGGCGGGAUGCUCUGCGCUGGUCGGCUUCUAACGGGGGUGCCCUCUGUUCGAAAAGGGGGGGUGAUUCCUGUUCAAGAUGGGGAAUUUCUGUUAGUCAGUUCAUAAAGACAGUGUUUCCCGUAAGAGAGCUUAUAACGGGGUACUUUGUUAAGUCAGUUCAUACUGCGGUGCUUCGUUGGUCAGCCGAUCUUGUUUCGUUGUGUGAGGAAUGACUUUAGCUCAGAAAUUGGAACAUUAUAUAUAUAUACACUUACAUACCCAUAUAUAUUUUAACUGAUAAUGCAACUAUCCAACGAAAUCGAGAAUUCGUAAUAAAAUGUAGUUCCGUUUUCAGAUUAGUACUUUUUUCAAGCUUUUGCAACUCGAAAUUUACUGUAUUUCAAAUUCUAUGUAAUAAAGAUAUCCGCAUUCA